AUGCGGAGGAAGGCCAGAGGGAAACCGCUGCACCGCACUAGGGUCACGGUUCCGUAUCUAUUUGGGCCGGGCCCGGUAGAGGUUACCAGAGGUUCAUCCCUUAUCCCCGCCGCAGUGGCUACCACACAGCAUCACUGUCAGCUCUCGGACAAAGCCACGGGAAGCGCAAUUCGUAGAUUGGGGUUCCUGGUCAAGCAGUGUUCCAGACUAGUUGCCAAGAAAUUUGACAUUCCCACCUUGGACUUGAAGGUCUAUGAUGAAUCGCAGACUGAAGUUGACAAGAAGGUGUUUGAGUUUCUUCUAUUGAAACAAGACCUUGGUGUGCUGGAAAUUUGUUUGCCUCAAAGCUCAAAUCUUGAUGAUUUGUUGAGCUCCCCUGCAAGCAGUUCCUUUGCAAACUUGAGUGGAGACAAUUCAAAGGACUCGGAUGACACCAUUUUAUUGCAGCAAAGUCCUGAUACAAGAAAGAGAGCUGAGGAUGCUCGUCUAGGUCAGAUGAUCGAAGGCGUUCUGAAGAACAAACCUGGAGGAGAGAGGAUCUUGAAUGAGUAUGCCCGGACAAAAACUUUAACAGAUAGCAGAAGACGCGAUAUGGUCAAGAUAUUGGUUGCACAUAUGACAAGUGAACAUGGAAUGUAA